AUGGGUAGCUCGCGCCCUAAUGAAUACUAUGACCUGCUAUCGUUUGUUGGUCAUUAUCAAACAGGCUACUGUGCCACAUCAGAAGAUGGCCACCUGAUGCCGAACGCCUCUAUGGAUCCCAACUCUUCAUCCAACUAUCAGUCAGCGGCCACGUCACCGGUAUCACCGUUGAGCUGCACCAGUGCAGAUCUCCUUCCCGGAGGUACUGCUCUGCCCGAGAUUGACACGGAUUUCUACCUGUUCGAUAGCCCGGCCAACGAUAUAUCGCCGACAUUGCCCAUGGAUGCUGGGCAUGUGCCUUCCACAGAAAGACUUCUCAGCACAAGUGUUCCACAGAUCCCCCAUCUUUAUUGUCCACCGAGCGUGUCUUCUCCGGACCCCCUCGAUGAAGUUAGAGCGGACCUGCACCGGCUCCAAUCGACAGUCCGAAGUAGCGUCAGAAACGUUUCCCAUUCUCAUAGACUGUUCGAGAUGAGGUCUCUUGUGAGAGACACCUUCUGUUGCCUUGACACCAUGAUCCAAGACGAGGUUGACUACGAGAUACAUUCCCCCAACAGUACUAACAGCACCAACAGCAACAACGACAGCAAUCACUUCGCUGGAUAUGGAUCCUCUUUCUACGGAAACAGCUACUCUAGGGAGAACAGCUUUCCUCAACUGGUUGAGCAGAGACUAUCACACUCCCCUAGCUCGGUCUCGGAUAGAGAUGAUGCUCCUCCAGACCCUGUAUUGUUUUCUCCUAAUCCAGGGAAGCAAGCUAGCGAGAUAAAUCAUCUCAGACCAAACAGCCUUUCGGGUCACCACCAGCUUCUUGAUUUCACCUUGGAAAGGAACCCACAGGUUAUUACACCUAGGGAUAAUUCGGGUCACCACAGUGGGAGAAAAUCGCACAAUCCCAGGGGCCCUUCUCAAACAACAUCUUGCAAUGACAAGAGCCCGCACCGAACGACAUUGUUCAAAGAGCUGUCCCUCAAGAAGUCUCAAGCACGCCCUGCAUCUGAGCCUCCGAAUUUGGUUCCAAAGAAAUGCAAGUUAUGUGACCAUAUAAUGACGACUUGCGUUGAAUGCAAGCUUCACAAGGGAGCUGUGAAUAGAUGUCAUCUAUGCGCUGGUAAAGCCAGCCAGCAGCACGGAUCGCCCAGGGUUCUGGAAGACUAUGACCAAUAUUAUGAUUUUGCGUGUAAUGGCAUGUCAGACCGGAAUCGCUCGGCGUCAAAGAUUGCUUGGGCCUUAGAACAAGUGUCUCAGGCUUUCAAGCCAAAAGGUGAUCCAUGUUCAACCGGUAACAGUCGUACAUCCACAGAUUAUUUGUUCGAUGAGUCACCUCCAUGGGUCUCAGUUAUGACAGCUAUUGAUAGGGUGUAUGCGCUUCAAGUUUCUGAGCAGUCUACCUUCAAGGCUAUGGGCUCCAGCUAUUCGAUAAAGGUUCUCCCAAGUGCCUUGGAGCCUCAUGCUACCCGAUCUCGUUUUACAGCGAUGACCCUGGCCCUUGAUUCACCACAGAUCUACAGCAAGAUUGGGCAUUCUGGCUCGUUCAAAUGCACUCACAUCGAACUCUCUGAAGUGCUAUACGGCACACGGAAUAUUACUGGAGAUACAAGUGUUGCGUACGAGUCUGAUUCACAGAAGGUAGCAGUGUCAGCAUUGACUGCUGAGUAUGCCAUCCCAUGCCUUGCGAAGACUUCUGAGAGCCUUUGUACAAUUCCAUCGACAACCGUGUCUUCCAGGAACCAUCGAAUUCGGACUUUAUCCGUCGGGCCGCACUGGAGUGGGACUUUGUCUCUACAUGACCUGACAGUUGAACCCACAGCUCUGGAAAUUAGCGGAGGGUUUACCUUUCACCGUGUCGUCAAAGACAGACAGUCUUCUCAGCGCUCGACUCUUUUGAUGAAUGCAUCUAGUGCAGCCGAAGACCAGCUAACGCGCAGGAGGCACUCUAAAUUGCGAAGAAAGCUUCAAGUCAUCAUUGGGAUUCUUGUAUUACAAGCAUCUGUCGCCCAUACACUCCCAGUCUCGAAGCAGCUGGAAGAUGGAAACCUGAGGAGUCCUACCGUAGCGUCUGAAGACACUGACCUCGUCGAGCCCGGCAGCGACCUUGACUCAUCCGAUCUCAAUUUCCUGCCCCAGUGGCUCCGGGAGACGAUUUCCUCAUUUUCUGCAGGCCUGAUAGACAAUGUUGAGUCUUCGAUGUUUGCAACACCGGUGUACAAAGCUGAAGAAGAGAUUUGGCCGAAGGUCAAGACGUUUGUAGGAUCCAUGGCGAGCUACCUGGAAACUCCCGUUAGCCCGACAGUGAUCGAACAGCACAUUGCUGAAUAUAGGAAGCUCAGAGUAUGGUGA